AGGCUUUGAGGCCUGAAGGAACGUUCCCCUUGUCCUGGACCACAGUCCCGAGCCUGACUCUGGCUGCACUUAUGCGUCCUGGAUAUUUCUCAACUUUAUGAAGCUCUUACCAACUGCAUUUUGCUUCGCUUCGUACUCAAAACUGUGGAUUCUUAUAAGAAAGUUUGGAUUCUACUGCAAAGAUGAUGUGUGAGGUGAUGCCCACCAUCAGCGAGGCUGAAGGUGGGGGGAACGGCAGCGGGCGGCGUGGUUCGGGUUCCCCCUUGCAGUCAGACUCUGAGGGACACUUUGAGUCGUUGAUGGUGUCUAUGUUGGAGGAGAGGGAUCGUCUUCUUGACACUCUGAGAGAAACUCAGGAGAAUCUGGGCCUGACUCAGGGCAAACUGCAUGAAGUGAGCCAUGAGAGGGAUUCCCUGCAGCGCCAGUUGAACACUGCUUUACCACAGGAGUUUGCUGCACUGACCAAGGAGUUGAACAUGUGCCGGGAGCAGCUUCUGGAGAAAGAGGAGGAGAUUGCUGAGCUGAAGGCAGAAAGAAACAACACCCGACUGUUGCUGGAACAUUUGGAGUGCCUGGUGUCCCGUCAUGAGCGCAGCCUGAGGAUGACUGUGGUGAAGAGGCAGGCUCAGUCUCCAGCAGGUGUCUCCAGUGAAGUGGAGGUCCUCAAAGCUCUAAAGUCACUUUUUGAACACCACAAAGCCCUUGAUGAGAAGGUGAGGGAGCGUCUCCGUGUUGCUUUGGAGAGAUGCAGCGUGUUGGAGGAACAGCUCACAAUUUCACACAAAGAACUUUCUUACCUCAGGGAACAGAGCAUUCAGAAGAGAGGGCUGGCAGACGGGACCAGCGAAGUCAACCACAACUUUGAAAACACACCGAGUACUAACGGCAAGAGGUCAUCGGAUGACUCACUGAGUCAGGAGGAGGAGUCUGGUCCUGGCUUUGGGAAAACUGGUGAGCUCCAGGAGGUGGUGGACCGACAGACUGCUGAUCUGGGACAGCUAAAGGAGAGCAUGUCUGUCAUGGUGUCACGCAUCAGUGAGCUGGAAGAGAACCUGGACACAGCCCGAAAGGACCUCAUUAAGUCUGAAGACAUGAACACAAGGCUACAGAGGGACCUCAGAGAGUCUAUGGCUCAGAAGGAAGACAUGGAGGAGAGGAUCACCACCUUGGAAAGACGCUACCUUGCAGCUCAACGUGAAGCUACUUCAGUCCAUGACCUGAAUGACAAGCUAGAGAACGAAGUGGCCAAUAAGGAGUCCCUCUACAGACAAUCUGAGGAGAGAAAUCGGCAGCUUCAGGAGAAGCUGGAACUGGCUGAGCAGAAGCUGCAGCAGACCAUCCGUAAAGCAGAAAGUCUUCCUGAAGUUGAAGCUGAGUUGGCGCAAAGGGUUGCCGCCCUCACAAAGGCAGAAGAACGCCAUGGUAACGUGGAGGAGAGGCUGAGGCAGCUGGAGGCCCAACUGGAGGAGAAGAACCAGGAACUGCUCAGGGCACGGCAACGAGAAAAGAUGAAUGAGGAGCAUAACAGGCGUUUGUCUGAGACCGUUGAUAAACUUCUGUCCGAGUCCAACGAGAGGCUGCAGCUUCACCUUAAAGAAAGGAUGUCUGCACUGGAGGAUAAGAACGCUCUGAUAAAAGAACUGGAACACACAAAGAAGUUGAUUGAAGAAUCUCAUCAUGAGAAGGAGCAGCUCUUAAUCCAGAUUGAGACAAUGAGGGCAGAAAAUGAGCAGGACAGGAGUAGGAGUAACUUGCUGCAUGGAUGUUCUCAGUUGGGCAGCACUCCAGAUUUUAGAUAUCCAGUCUCGGCUUCCUCCAUGAUGGACACGAACUCAGACCAUUACAGUGGUGCCCUCGUCCUCAGACGGCCUCAGAAAGGACGUGUGGCAGCAAUCCGAGAUGAGCCAUCUAAGGUGCAGACUCUGAAUGAGCAGGAGUGGGAGCGCAUGCAGCAGGCUAACGUGUUGGCUAAUGUGGCCCAUGCUUUUGAGAGUGAUAUGGACGUCUCAGAUCUGGAGGAAGACCGGGAAACUAUCUUCAGCUCAGUGGACUUGCUGUCCCCUGCUGGCCAGGCUGACGCACAGACCCUUGCCAUAAUGCUGCAGGAGCAGCUGGAUGCUAUCAACAAUGAAAUCAGGAUGAUCCAAGAGGAAAAGGAGAACACCGCCAUCCGUGCAGAAGAGAUUGAGUGCCGAGUCGGUGCUGACGAAGGCCUGGGAGGACGCUUUCAUUCUUUGAGCUCCAUUCCUCCGUCACUGUGUGCAGGCUCAUCGUUGAGGGCGUCCCCACCUAGCUCGGGCCACUCCACCCCCAAAUGCAUUUCCCGAAGCCCCAACAGAGAAUUGGAUCGAAUGGGGGUCAUGACCUUGCCUUGUGACCUGCGCAAGCAUCGCAGGAAGUCUGCUCAGGAUGAUAAGGCUACUAUUCGAUGUGAGACGUCUCCCCCCACCACGCCACGUUCCAUGCGCCUAAACAGGGAGGCAGGGCAUGCUGCCAGUCAUGAAGACAUAAGAGACAUUCGAGGUUUUGGAAGCCUGCAGGAUGGUCAGUGCAGCAACCCCAGCAGCAGUAACAGCAGCCAGGACUCACUCAACAAAGCAGCCAAGAAGAAGAGCAUCAAGUCUUCAAUUGGACGUCUGUUUGGAAAGAAAGAAAAGGGACGACCCAGCAUUCCUGGCAAAGACUCCCCCAGCCAAGCUGGCACUCCUGAGGCAGAGGGCUCUCCAAAGGAUGGACUAGGAGUGGGCACACUUGGAGGUCCUUCAGAGAAAAACAGAAAGCUGCAAAAGAAACAUGAAAUCCUGGAAGAAGCUCGUAGGGAAGGCGUGCCGUUCGCUCAGUGGGAUGGACCAACCGUUGUGGCUUGGUUAGAGCUUUGGGUAGGCAUGCCGGCCUGGUACGUGGCUGCAUGUCGAGCCAAUGUGAAGAGCGGAGCCAUAAUGUCAGCACUCUCUGACACAGAGAUCCAAAGAGAAAUUGGAAUCAGCAACCCUUUGCAUCGCCUCAAACUUCGUCUGGCCAUCCAGGAAAUCAUGUCUCUCACGAGCCCCUCAGCACCUCCCACCUCUAGAACGACGCUGGCAUAUGGAGACAUGAACCACGAGUGGAUUGGUAAUGAGUGGCUGCCCAGUUUGGGUCUUCCACAAUAUCGUUCAUACUUCAUGGAAUCCCUGGUGGAUGCCAGAAUGCUCGACCACCUGACCAAGAAGGACCUGAGAGGACAGCUGAAGAUGGUGGACAGCUUCCACAGGAACAGCUUUCAGUGUGGUGUGAUGUGUCUGAGGAGGCUGAAUUACGACAGAAAGGAGUUGGAAAGGAGGAGAGAGGAGUCACAACUAGAACUUAAAGACGUGCUGGUAUGGACGAAUGAACAUGUGAUCAGUUGGAUUCAGGCCAUCGGUCUCAAAGAGUACAGCAGCAACCUUUAUGAGAGCGGUGUUCAUGGAGCACUGCUUGCCUUGGAUGAAAGCUUCGAUCCCAACACCCUGGCACUCCUGCUGCAGAUCCCAACACAAAACACACAGGCCAGAGCCACUCUUGAGCGUGAAUACUCCAGUCUGUUGGCCGUUGGCACAGACAGGAAGAUGGAAGAGGAUGACGAUAAAAACUUUCGCCGUGCGCCUUCGUGGAGAAAGAAGUUCCGACCCAAAGAUGUGAGGGGGAUGUCGUUGGGCGCAUCAGAUACUCUACCUGCCAACUUUCGAGUGACAAGCAGCAGUGUGGUGUGCCCCCCCACACAGCCAAAGAGGAGCCCGAUGGAUGGAAGUCAGUGUGUCCAGAGGCUGGACACUGCCACAGUCAGGACCUACUCUUGCUAACACACAACGUUUAUCCUCAUUAUUUCUAUAGGUGACCGCCGGUCAGAGGAUGAAGGGCAGUUCCCUGCAUUCAAAACCA